AGAAAAAUCUUCAUUAUCGACGUCGAUCAAGUUCCUCGACGUGUUUCACUUCACCUUAAAGCGGAUAACCCUCCCAAAUAAUUGAAGCGAGUUGAAUGAGUUGAAUAACGGAGUAAAUUUCAAGAUCGGCAUUCAUUCGGGAGAUCUCGAGGUAGGAGAGAGCGCGUGGGCGCAGCCGUACGCACGUGCCGAGGUACCGGCGUCGGUUGGCAAGAGGUGCCGGCAUCCGAGACGCGACGCUUUCGUCCAAGAACCGGCGAGACGAAAAGGGAAUCGAGAGCGAGGGGAGAAAGGACGGCAGGCAGAAGUGCGGCUUCCGUCGCGAUUACGGCGGAGCCGGCAUCGAGACGAGACUUCGCAUUGGUCGUGCCAAUGUGGGGUUAGGUCGCGCCACGACGGGCGGAGAUCCGCAAGGGUACGGCCAGGUAGGGCGCUCCCGCUGGAACCGGUGUGCGCGAGAAGCACACGUAUCGAGCGCCGUGAUUGGUUGGUUGCCCGUAGGUGAGUCACGUGGUCGGAAGGUCGACAGGUAUUGGUGAACGCGCGGAGAGACAGGACUAAGGCAGAGGGGAGGUCGAGGAAACGGCCGAUGGAUCGCGUACGAUCGCGUAUGACGGCCGCGGGGGAGAGUGAAUCACGUCCAGGUAGGUGGAUCGGAGGAUUCCCGGAGAGGAAGAGCGGUCAAAUGUGAAAAGGUAAACCCGGGAAGGAUGAAGCGUGCCCGUAUCGCGCUUCUCCUCCUCUGGGGGUUAGGAGCGCCCUACACCGGGGUAACCUGCACGAGCAUCGGCAACCCCAGCGACGAGGGCUCCGUCAUGAUCGCCAAAUGCUGCGACCUCGACGAGAUCCUCGUGGACGACACGUGUAUACCCGUCAAGGAGACGAACGAGACGCAGCCCUGGCGCCCGGAGUUCCUCGCCGGGACGAGGGAACCCCGGUACCGAUUAAAAGUCGGCCUGCCAAGGUGCAAAGGCACCGAACACCAGUGGCACGUGUAUCACUAUCCCUCGAGUUCGGAUCGCCUGACGAUUCUGCCCUCCGGAAAGCUUAGACAUCACGUCUCCGAUGCGUCGGAACCCUUACGUGGAAGAGAGAGGUUCGAUGAGGGCGAAGCCGAAGGGAAUCUCAUGGACGAGACUUCGGUGCACUGCGACUACGAGUUUGGCGACUACUGCGUGGACAAAGUCGUUCUGAGCAGGGAUCGUCUCGUUGCAACUUAUGCAAUGGUCUGCGUUCCAGAGGUUGCCGUGCGUUGGACCGAUACGGUUUAUUUUGUCACACACGUGGUCGACCCUACGUUUCGAGCAAUUGCCAUGGCUAGUUAUGUAGCAGUUGCGGUGGUCUAUUUUGUUUUGCCACAGUUGAGAGAUCUCGUUGGGAACAUAAUAACGAGUAUGUCCCUGUGUUUGGUUGCCAGUCAGGGUGCCGCAACCGUUAGGAUAUUUACGGAGUAUGGGAACCAUAUCAGCUUCGUCGUUGCAGAUACGGUCAUGUACGUUUCCUUGUUGGCUGCCUUUUUCUGGCUCAAUGCUCUAGGCUACUAUGUAUGGAAUACCUUCAGAUCUCGAAACAUAUUCCUCCGAGUAACGGAUGGCAGAAAAUAUUGCUAUUACUCGUCUUAUGUUUGGGGAUCGACCUUCGUUAUUGCGGUGACGGCGAUAUUUGCACAUUUUACGUUAGAAACUAACAAACCUACUAUAGGAGGUACACUCUACCCUGCUCAAGAGACCGUGGGAUGGCUCGGCAUAUCGGUACUUUUUACGUGCAUUGCAUUUACCAUAAUCAUAGAUCUCUGUUUUGCUUUGACUACGGCAAACACAAUUGGCAGAAUGAACACUUGUGGUAGAAUCCACCAUAAAAUGAAGUAUAGUUUUAAAAUGUACGUCUUAUUGUUUAUCAUUUUGAGUACGGCAUGGUUUUUCCUGCUGCUCUCGCAGCUGAAAUACGACGUACUCGUAUACUUCUAUAUUGUUGUGAAUUUCAUACAAGCCUUAUUAAUUUUAUAUGUAUGCAUUUUUGGACAAAAGAGAGUCACCUUUUUACUUGGCAAGACAUGCAAUUGUUGUACUACAGAUGAGACCAUCGAGGGUCUUGAUUGGGGGGAAGAAAUGACAGCCAUCAAUGCAGGCUACUAAAUCGAGACUUCAGACAUCUAUUUGUUUUCAAGCGUUUUGAAUAACUUGCAAACGUAAUAGCGUUUGUUUUACCAAAGUCGAUCCUCUUUAUUUGCUUUGUGAAAAUUUAAAGGAUCGGGGAAACAACUAUAUUCACUACGGUAGCUGUACCAACAACGAUACUCAGUGGCAACACAAAACUCAUUUCGAUAUACUUGACAGUAGUAAACAAUUCAAAUCGUAUCAAUUUAAGAGAAUCUCAGAAUAUAUGAAUGUAACGAAUUGUGCCUUAUAUAAUAAAGGCAGAUACGGCGUGAUGUCCGAAAGGUAGGAAUGCUUGCCUUAUGUACAGAACAAAAAUGACGCACUUUUUAAGCACGAUGUGAAAUUUCUACUUGGUUUUUUACUGACUAAAUAGUGGAAAUUAUUAAUUCAAAAUUAGCACUAGACUCUGCAUGAAAACAACCAAGACAUGUAUAUCGCAGAUAUUAUGCACAUGUGAGCACGUUAUUUUUCCCAUUUUGACACUCCAAUCUAAUUUUGAUGGAACGCUAUUAAUUGCUGAUGUAACUUUUGUGAUGGUGCGUCUGCUCUAGUCAGGUCGCGUCAAUGCUAACAUAGCAAGUGUGGCACACAACGAACUGUUUAUAUAAAGCACAUAACAUAUGUUUUUUUCGAAUUAGGAAUAAACGAAUGCAUUUAAAAGACUUCGUCCUAUGCAUUAAACGGCAUUGACUGUUGAUAGCAUAUGAAUUAAGUUUAAGAAUAAUUUCUAUAUAUUUAUACCUGUCUACUUUCGAAUUUUUAUAUAAUAAACUUUUGUCAUGUGUUCAUUAAAUUUUGUGUACUUUUCAAA